AUGCAGAGACAGACUCAUCUGCCUGCUGGGCAGAGAGUGUCUCCAACGGCAUCUUCCUCCUGGCUGCCCCUUGCACUUGCACUGGGGGCCCAGAUGCUGUGCCUGCUUUUGAUGAUAGGACUCAGAGUCUACGAUGCCAUGGUCACUGAGAUCUGCCCAAAGUCGCAAAGCGUCACCCAGCUGCCAACGUCUUGCCCAAACCAGACACCAUGCCUUCCAGGAACUCCAGAGGAACAGCCUCGUGAUACAGGAGAGAAGUGUCCAGUACAGUGGGUUGUCCACAAGGACAGUUCCUGUCUCUUUUCUCCUGAAAAAGGAACUUGGGAACAGUGUCAUUCCUCCUGCAUUUCACAGUCUGCCCAGCUGCUCACCAUUGAGGAUGGAGAAGAGCUGGAUUUCAUAAAAAAAGAAUCAUUUCACUAUUUUGAAGAUCAUGAUGGUGUUUCCCAGUAUUACACAUUCUGGAUUGGUCUGUCGUAUGAUCCUGGAUCCGGGAAGUGGGUUUGGGCAGAUGACUUGGAUCUUUCCUCUGGCUUGUUUGAUCUCCAAGACCUCAGUCUGAAGAAUGAUCAGGACAGAGUUUGUGCCUAUAUCCACGGUGGGAGAGCUAAGGCUGGAGGAAUCUGCAGAGAAACUCACUUCUGCAUUUGUGAGAAGAGGAGGAAGGAAUCG